GUUUUAUUGUGAAAAUAAUAACAAAUCAGUUUUCACAAGUUUUCAUCAGUUUUAAUUGAUUAUUUUAUAUUAAAAUGUCUCAACAACCACCGCAACAAUCACGUCAAGAAGCCUCACAACCAGCACCAGCUCAAAUGUCCAGUGGAUAUGCUACUUUAGAGCAAAGAUUGAAAUAUAUUUCAGAAUACAACUUUCCUUUCUGUGAUGAAUCUGCAAAGUAUGAAAAAGUUGCCAAAAUUGGUCAGGGAACUUUUGGUGAGGUAUUCAAGGCUAGAUCCAAGAGUGAUAACAAAUUUGUAGCUAUGAAACGUGUAUUAAUGGAAAACGAAAAGGAAGGAUUUCCAAUUACAGCUCUACGUGAAAUACGGAUUUUGCAGCUUCUCAAACAUGAAAAUGUCGUGAAUCUGAUAGAAAUAUGCAGAACUAAAGCAAACAAGAAUAACAAAUACAAAUCAAUAUUUUAUCUCGUAUUUGACUUUUGUGAACAUGAUUUAGCUGGAUUACUGUCUAAUGUUAAUGUUAAAUUUAGUUUAGGUGAAAUUAAGAAAGUUAUGAAGCAGCUGCUUAACGGUCUCUUCUUUAUCCAUUCUAAUAAGAUCCUUCAUCGUGAUAUGAAAGCCGCAAAUGUCCUUAUUACAAAAACAGGAAUUCUAAAGUUAGCAGAUUUUGGUCUUGCACGAGCGAUAAGCAUAUCGAAAAAUGGUCAGCCCAAUCGAUAUACAAACAGAGUAGUAACUUUAUGGUAUAGACCCCCAGAAUUAUUACUUGGUGACCGUAACUAUGGAGCUCCUGUCGAUAUGUGGGGUGCUGGAUGUAUUAUGGCUGAAAUGUGGACAAGAUCACCAAUCAUGCAAGGAUCAACAGAACAACAGCAAUUAACAUUAUGUGCUCAGUUGUGUGGAUCAUUUACUCCUGAUGUGUGGCCUGGAUUAGAGAAACUAGAACUUUAUCAUAAAAUGGAACUUCCACAGAAUCACAAGAGAAAAGUUAAGGAGCGAUUAAGGCCUUAUGUUAAAGAUCCCUCUGCUGUAGAUCUCCUUGACCAAUUACUAAUUCUUAAUCCUGACAAACGAAUUAAUGCUGAUGAUGCUUUAUCCCACGAUUUCUUCUGGACUGAUCCAAUGCCUAGUGACCUCACAAAAAUGCUCUCUCAAUUGACUCAAAGUAACUUUGAAUUCCUUGCACCACCACGACGAUCAAAUCAAAUGAUGCAUCGCUAUCAGCAACAAACCACGAGUCAAGUUCCACCGAGACCUCAAGAUAACAGCUAUCAAGAUCGUGUCUAUUAAUUAUCACUUCCUUGAAUAUAACCAGAAUUUUUUAUGAGUCAUUUGUUACUUGAAUGGAUAUAUCUUUGACUUCUUAUAAAUUUACAUGCGGCAAUUCCUUUAGCUUUGAAGAAAGACAAGCGAACGAUGUCUUUUAUCAUUUAAGUAGGUUUUUACAGUUACAAGCCGCAAUAUCUUUUGCUUUUAAUUUUUUUUACAAACCAUAUCUCAUCUGUAUGUAGUAAUUUAAUAUAUGCAAAAUUGAAUGAAGUGUCAAUAAAGACGUUAGUUAUUAUGAGAACUUGACCAAACUAGCUUGUCAAUCUUUAAGAUUCCGAUGCUAUUGCUAAAGAAGAAAAGAUUGAGAAUCACUGGAAAUAAAAUUCAAUCAGUUUGAUGACUAAUUUGUUUGAUCAUUCACGAAACUGCAAUGUUUAUGCUUACAACACAAGUAUUAUCAAAGUUUAACUAAAC